UUGCUUUGCCCCUCGGGGUAACAUAUAAGAGACGUAAUGGAAAAAUCUCAGUCACUUCAAUCUACUCUCAACCCCCGGAUCUCCAGCAAACUCACUGCGCUGAAGCACCGAACACACGCCAGAAGACCGACCGAGGAGUAAUGGAGCGGAUCACCAUGUAGACAGCAUCCGUCGGGAAGCAGGUAGAAUGGGAAACCACAAACGGAGAGCCGUCGGUCUGCAGCCGUGGUGAGCGCAGACGUGCUCAGGACCUCAGCCGGGAUCUCACGGAUGGCUGUCGCGUAACGCAGAGGAGCUCUCGUCAACUGCGGACCGCGGACAGGAUCUUUUCCUCUCUCACCUCCUGUUCUCUCUUGCGUUACUCUCGUUUUUUUUAGACACCUGUUCUCCAGCUGCACCAGGGACUCCUUCUCUGCCCCGUGUGGCAUUUUCUCUAUUUUUCCCAUCCGCUUUAAAGAAAAGCUACCAAGCAAUACUCAGUCACCAUGGGUGACAUGACAAAUAGCGAUUUUUACACCAAGAACCAAAGAAAUGACAGCAACCAUGAAGGGGGAUUUGGAUGCUCGCUCAUGGAGCUGCGCUCCCUCAUGGAGCUCAGAGGAACGGAGGCGGUGGUCAGAAUUCAGGAGGACUACGGAGGUACCGAGGGACUGUGCCAGAGGCUGAAAACCUCGCCGACAGAAGGUUUGGAUGGAGUUGCCACAGAUCUAGAUAAAAGAAGAGAAGUCUUCGGGCAAAAUCUUAUACCUCCAAAGAAGCCAAAAACUUUUUUACAGUUAGUGUGGGAAGCGUUACAAGAUGUGACUCUCAUUAUCCUGGAGAUUGCAGCGCUGAUCUCUCUGGGACUGUCCUUUUAUCAGCCGCCUGGAGAGGGCAGCGAGUCCUGUGGGACGGCGAAUGCGGGAGCAGAGGAUGAAGGGGAAGCGGAGGCUGGUUGGAUCGAGGGGGCAGCUAUCUUACUCUCAGUGGUCUGUGUUGUUCUGGUCACUGCCUUCAACGACUGGAGCAAGGAGAAACAGUUCAGGGGUUUACAGAGCCGCAUCGAACAGGAACAGAAAUUCCAGGUGGUGCGAGGAGGGCAGGUCAUCCAACUCCCUGUGGCAGAUAUUUUGGUUGGCGAUAUUGCACAAAUCAAGUAUGGUGACCUGCUUCCAGCUGAUGGGAUCUUGAUACAAGGCAAUGAUCUGAAGAUUGAUGAGAGUUCUCUGACAGGGGAAUCUGACCAUGUGCGCAAAGCUGCAGAUAAAGACCCCAUGCUUCUCUCUGGCACCCAUGUGAUGGAGGGCUCGGGUCGAAUGCUGGUCACGGCUGUCGGAGUGAACUCUCAGACUGGGAUCAUCUUCACUUUGCUCGGUGCUGGAGGAGAGGAGGAAGAGAAAAAAGAGAAGAAAGGUCAGGCUCUGGAGGAUGGCCAUCAGCUGGCAGACUGCUCCCAUCCCUCCUCACACCCCAUCGCAACUAUAGCUACCGAUGGUGCGGCAAGUGCAAAUGCCUCUGGUAAUACCAGCCUAGUCAAUGGUAAAAUGCAGGAUGGAAAUAUGGAGAACAACCAGACCAAAGUGAAGAAGCAGGACGGUGCUGCAGCGAUGGAGAUGCAGCCCUUGAAGAGCGCAGAGGGCGGAGAGACCGAUGACAAAGAGAAGAAGAAAGCCAAUGUCUCCAAGAAAGAGAAAUCUGUUCUGCAGGGAAAACUGACCAAGCUGGCCGUGCAGAUCGGCAAAGCUGGUCUGGUGAUGUCUGCCAUUACAGUCAUCAUCCUGGUGCUUUACUUUGCAAUCGAUAACUUUGUGGUUCUGAAGAGGCCAUGGCUGCCGGAGUGUUCACCGAUCUACAUUCAGUAUUUUGUCAAAUUCUUCAUCAUUGGUGUGACAGUGCUAGUGGUGGCCGUUCCUGAAGGUCUUCCUCUGGCUGUCACCAUCUCUCUGGCUUACUCAGUGAAGAAAAUGAUGAAGGAUAACAAUUUGGUACGCCAUCUGGAUGCUUGUGAGACCAUGGGCAAUGCCACAGCUAUCUGCUCAGACAAGACUGGCACACUGACGACCAACCGGAUGACAGUAGUGGAGUGCUAUGUGGGCGAUGUCCAUUACAAGGUGAUACCAGACCCCAGCUCCAUCCCACCCAAAACUCUGGAUAUACUGGUCAACGCUAUAUCCCUCAACAGCGCCUACACUACUAAAAUACUGCCUCCAGAUAAGGAAGGAGGUCUUCCCAAACAAGUGGGCAACAAAACCGAGUGUGGCCUGCUUGGUCUGGUCCUGGACCUGAAACGAGACUACCAGACCGCCCGGAACCAGAUCCCAGAGGAGAAACUCUACAAGGUGUACACCUUCAACUCCGUGCGGAAGUCCAUGAGCACCGUCAUCAAGCUUCCAGACGCCAGCUUCAGAAUGUACAGCAAAGGAGCGUCUGAAAUCGUCCUCAAAAAGUGUACCCGUAUUCUGAAUGAGACGGGGGAAGAGCGCGUCUUCAGACCGAGGGACAGAGACGAGAUGGUGAAGAAAGUAAUCGAACCCAUGGCCUGCAACGGGCUCAGAACCAUCUGCGUGGCCUACCGUGACUUUCCUGCAGACCCGGAGCCCAACUGGGACGACGAGAACAACAUUUUGACUGAGCUGACCGCGAUAUGUGUUGUUGGAAUUGAGGAUCCUGUCAGACCCGAGGUGCCCGACGCCAUCAAGAAAUGCCAGCGUGCUGGAAUCACUGUGCGUAUGGUGACCGGAGACAACAUCAACACGGCACGAGCCAUCGCUAUCAAAUGUGGCAUCAUCCACCCUGGAGAAGACUUCCUGUGCAUCGACGGGAAGGAGUUCAACAGGAGGAUCAGGAACGAGAAGGGAGAGGUUGAGCAGGAGCGCAUUGAUAAAGUGUGGCCUAAACUGCGAGUGCUUGCCAGAUCCUCACCGACGGACAAACACACGCUGGUCAAAGGUAUUAUUGACAGCACGAUGGGGGACCAGCGGCAGGUGGUUGCUGUAACUGGUGAUGGGACGAACGACGGACCGGCCCUCAAGAAGGCAGAUGUGGGCUUUGCCAUGGGAAUCGCAGGGACAGAUGUGGCCAAAGAGGCGUCUGACAUCAUUCUGACGGAUGAUAACUUCUCCAGCAUCGUGAAGGCUGUGAUGUGGGGACGCAACGUCUACGACAGCAUCUCCAAGUUCCUUCAGUUCCAGCUGACCGUUAACGUGGUGGCUGUGAUCGUUGCCUUUACUGGAGCCUGUAUCACACAGGAUUCUCCUCUGAAAGCAGUGCAGAUGUUGUGGGUAAACCUGAUCAUGGACACGUUUGCAUCUCUGGCUCUGGCCACCGAACCUCCCACUGAGUCUCUGUUGAUGAGGAAACCCUACGGCCGAAACAAACCCCUGAUCUCCAGCACCAUGACUAAGAACAUCCUGGGCCAUGGCGUGUACCAACUCAUCAUCAUCUUCACACUGCUGUUUGUGGGCGAGCAGAUCUUUGACAUUGACAGUGGCAGGAACGCACCGCUGCAUUCUCCUCCCUCUGAGCACUACACAAUCAUCUUUAACACCUUCGUCAUGAUGCAGCUCUUCAACGAGAUCAACGCACGCAAGAUCCAUGGAGAGAGGAAUGUGUUUGAUGGCAUUUUCAGAAAUCCCAUCUUCUGCUCCAUUGUUCUGGGCACUUUCGCCAUUCAGAUCGUGAUUGUUCAGUUUGGAGGGAAACCGUUCAGUUGUUCUCCUCUGGACCUGGAUAAGUGGAUGUGGUGUGUGUUCCUGGGGUUGGGAGAACUGGUCUGGGGACAGGUUAUCUCAACAAUCCCAAACAGCAAGCUGAGGUUCCUCAGAGGUGCUGGUCAGCUGUCGAAGAAGGAUGAAAUGCCAGAGGAGGAGAUGAACGAGGACCAGGAGGAGAUCGAUCACGCUGAGAGAGAGUUGCGGCGAGGGCAGAUCCUCUGGUUCAGAGGCCUCAACAGAAUCCAGACUCAGAUCGAGGUAGUGAACACGUUCAAGAGCGGGACUUCCUUUCAGGGGGCUCUGAGACGCCAAUCCUCCACCACCAGUCAAAAUCAGGAUAUACGUGUUGUGAACGCAUUUCGUAGCUCCCUCUACGAAGGCUUGGAAAAACCUGAAUCCAGAACCUCCAUCCACAAUUUCAUGACUCAUCCAGAGUUUAGAAUAGAGGACUCCACACCUCACAUUCCUCUCAUUGACGACACCGACCUUGAUGACGAGGCAGCCAGAAAGAACUCCAGUCAGCCCUCAUCUCCCAACAAGAACAACAACGCCAUCGACAGCGGCAUAAACCUGACGACUGACACGAGUAAAUCUGCAGCUUCCUCCAGUCCCGGGAGCCCGCUUCAUAGUCUGGAAACAUCACUUUAGCCACCUCAUGUGGGAGACCGCUCAAAAAUCAUCUUGGACUCUACAUUUAAAAGCGCUCCGGAGUGCACACGAACAUGGAUCGUGUACUGUUGACUGUAUGUGUGGUCGCGUCACAUUCUUUUAUCGAACGCAUGAAUGACGACUGACUCGGACGAUCGCGGAGCGUCUCGAGAAACAAUACAAGAGCGCAAGCGCAACGCUCCCACAUCCUGAGGAAACAACAGACUAUAAUGAGUAAUUUAAAUCGAUUUCAGCUAUUAUCGUUGCUCCUGCAUGAAUGUACAUUACCCAGGUUUUUAUUUGGAAACCUUCAUUUUUAUUUAAACGGUUUUGAUUUGAUUUGAUGGGAUGUGCGGUGGACUGCUAAUUUAAGACAGCUUCUCUGAUUCACUGAUCUGUGAGUAUUGUGUGUGGCAUGUAUCUAAUUGUAUAGAUUUAUUUGGUUAUUGAUUAAGGUGUAUCCAGGUUGCAGGACUCCGAACUUGCACAAUAGAUUUGCACCUGUUGGAAAAAGAGAUCCCAUGGAAAUUAGAAUUUAUUAAGCGUACAUAUAUAUUUAUAGACAUAUUAUAAAUAUAUAUUUACAGAGUUUAACUUUAUUUGUUGGCAUGUUGCCUUGUUCUGCUUCAAUAACUACUUUAACUUAUUUAUGUCCUAAAGAGAAUGUAAUUUGUUUACAAACCUGUAGAUAUGUCCUGGUUUCUUUGUAGGGUUUAAAACUUCUUUGUAGGGUUCAAAACCACACGGCAGACAUAGUUGGAACAGCUCACGUUGUUCAGUACUCCUGUAAUAUUCGACUUUAGAUGUAUUAUUUCCAAUUGUGCGCUGGACUUGCCUGCUAUUUUGUCAAAUAAUGUAGAUAUUUUUAGAAGAUAACAAAAGAAACCAUAAUAUAGUGGGAUAUAUCAUUCACGUGGCAUCGAAGUAUUAAACAAGUGUCGGGAUCGAUUGCUCUGAGCACCCCGAAAAUAUACAAUCGGUUUGGCUAGCUUCGAAGGUUUUGGCGAUGAACUUGUGGUCGGCCUCAAAUGUGAGCAGAUAUAUCAGGUUGGAUUUAAAUAUCUUCUUUAGAAGUACAUACUAUUUAACAUAAAAUAGUUUCAGUUCUGUGUGACCAUAAGAAGCUGCGAUGGGUUUUAUGUUGGAAACAUGUAAACUAAGUUAUAUUUGGCAUCUCUGUAUGGAAAUCAAAAUUGUGUUCAAAUAUUGUGAUUUAUUGUGUUGAUUCUUCUUUUUGACAUUUAAUUUGUAUAUUUCUUUUGGUUAAAGGAAAUGGACCCAGCUGCUGAGCUGACGACACUUUGAACAACUGAAUUAUGUCAUGUAACGAUACAAAAAUAAGGAAUGUUGCUUUUGCCUCUUUUCUUAAAAAAAAGAAAAAAAAAAAGAAAAACCCAAACCAACAACAACAACAAAAAAUAUAUCUAUAUAUCUAUAUAUAAAUUUAUAAUCCUUUUCUGCACUAUCAGGAUAUGAAUGAAUUUCUGUGGUGUAAAUUUAGAUGUGCUUCUGUGUUCAAAUCAAGCUUGUCUUCCUGCAGUCAGUAAAUAUACUCUAGCAUCUCAACAGUAUUCACUAGUCGUUAACUAUUUAUUGUACUCUAGAAGUGAAAGGACAAAUGGGGGUCUGUUGGAAGGCACACUUAUGAAGUCACCCAUGUUAUUCAUCGAUAUUCUUUGGAAUUUGAAAGGCAUGAUGUCAUACACUUAAUAUGCAACUCAUUUUUCUCCAUCGUUCUUAAAUUGAAAAGUUGUUGACAAUUUUACUCAUCGAGAUAAGGUGCAUAAGCUUUAACUGUUAGCUCAGGCAUACUCAACGAGAGAAAUAUAUAUGCUAUCUCGCUAUUUGACACUAUCAUUUUUGCAAACGACAACAGUGUACAUCUUUUAAUGCCAUUGGGAAAGUUUGAGCAAAACACACUAACUGUUCUGUCUUUGGCUGCACAGACGAGCACAGAACACUGUAUAGAGUCCCAGCCUCAGAGGAGACAGAGCAGUGGAUUUAUUGAUUUAUUUACUGUAUAUUGCUACUGCCACACAGACCUAAAAUAAACAAGCAAUUUAUUUCCCAGCUGUUUACCUUCACGGACACAACCAACUCUUUUUGUAACUCGUGUGUUUUUAACAUAAACUCGUGUGUGAAUGAGAACUUAGUUUAGUAAUCACAUGCUGUAAAAGCCACUUUCUGUCUGUGUGCACUCAGAAAACUCUUUAUCUGAAGUUUAAACUAAUAUGGUUUAAAAUGCAUGAUUUCAGUGCAAUAAAUAGAUAAUCAGAACCCAAACAGAUGUUAUUUAGCAGGUACUGGCUGUAAUGGCGUAGCCCUAUACUGAAAAAGGGGGCGGGGUGGAGCAGCUAUUUUGCAUUUAAAGAGACAGGCACAAAAAAAAAAAACAGCUUCCUCUCAAAAUAGGCAUUUUCAAAUUAUCUAAUAAAUGAUCUGUUUGGUAAUUUGAAUUGAAACUUCACAGACACAUUUUGGGGACAACUGAGACUUAUAUUACAAAUUAAAAAAAUGGGCAUAAUAUGUCUCCUUUAAAGACAUAUGAAACAACAGAAGUAGAUUAGAAUAAAGGAAUUACCUACAGAAAGUCAUGACCUCCUCCGUAGCUCUCCUUGGUGUGUGAGAGAGAGCUAAUGAUGAACAAACUGAUCUUUUCAAUUGAUCGGCUGAUGGGUGAACUAUCCCUUUAACACAUGUCAAAGCCUCAUUCACAGUCAUUCUGUACACUGACCAAAAGAAUCACCUCUGACACAUAGAAAGGCAUCGCAGGGGAGUUUCUCUGAAAUGUGCGUGGACUGCAUGACUCCAGAAGAGAUCUUUUACAGUAUGACUGGCCACUUCAGUUGAAUUCAUUUUAGUUCUGUGCCCUUGUGUUGAAGGGCCUAAUAACGGAUGCAGUUUAAAAUGCUUAACUAAUAAAAUGGAAGGAUGGCAGCAUUCUAAAUAAUAUUGAAUAAUAAUAUUUCUUGCAAUACAUCAGCUUCUAUGUACUGUACUUAGCAGCAUGCGUUUUGUGGAACAAAGAGCAUACGACGCCACAGGUACUUUUGGCGCACUAGCAAUUUAUGGGCAAAUGAAAAGUGUUCAUCCAUCUUGUUUUUAUGAAUUUUAUAAUCUAUACAAUAAUUGUAAAUAAACAAACUCAAUGUCUUUGUUCAUUUAAUACUAUGCAAAAAGUCAAGCUUUCUGAUUGUUUCUCAUCUACCCUAGAGUGUGUUGCUGGAAUGUUUGUGGUCAACAAGUCAGUAAAACAACAACGGCAAAACAAUUGUGAUGUAAAUGAUUUUCUAGCCUGAGAAUAUGAACUGACUCUUGUUGCUUCACUGUCCAUACCACGAUUCCAGACAGGAGCGCAAGUGAUACAAAUGAAAUGAAAGAAAAAAUGACAAAAAAACAAGCACUUAAUAAAUUCCCAGAGAAGCAUGAA